CGUUAAGCGCACACGCCAUAAUGCAUGUGUCAUAUUGCUCACUCCAGGACACAUCUAAUACGGCGGCGUCAUUGACGUACGUUUCCACGCGAAGGAGGGGCUAACGGUGGAUUUUGAUCUCUAUGGUGGGCUCUUGAUUCUGUCCAGUGGCCUGGGUGCUUUUGACAGUAUGAACGGUGGAACCGUGCAAGUAAAGACUGGACACCGAGGAGCACUUGUACAAACGACCGUGGAAACCUUUUACAAGCCGCAAACCGUGCCAUGCAAAUGAUGGAGUAGCAAAAAGAAUGGGCAUUUUGCAUUGGAGGGGGAUUUAAAUAUCCACGCACGCAGACGCUUUGUGCUCACCGGUUGUCUGUGCGUGUCUUCGGUGUGUUUCUUACCCACCCCCUCUCGUCUCCCCUCUUUUGGGUAUGGACUGACCGCCGACUCCUUCUCCGGAUGAUUUGAUGGGGCUGCUCAGAGUCAUGAUGCCGCCUAAGUUGCAGCUGCUGGCUUUGCUGGCGUUCGCCGUGGCCAUGUUCUUCCUAGAGAACCAGAUUCAGAAGCUGGAGGAGUCCCGCGGAAAACUCGAGCGAGCCAUCGCCCGGCACGAGGUACGGGAGAUCGAGCAGCGGCACACGCAAGACGGCCUGCGGGAGCGGGACUCGUCAUGGGCGUCCGUUUCCGAGAGCGACGACGACGUGGUCAUCAUUUAUAACCGCGUGCCGAAGACGGCCAGCACUUCCUUCACCAACAUCGCCUACGACCUGUGUGGGAGGAACCAUUACCAUGUCCUGCACAUCAACACCACAAAGAACAACCCCGUCAUGUCCAUACAGGACCAGGUACGGUUUGUAAAGAAUGUGACUGAAUGGCGGGAAAUGAAGCCAGCUUUCUACCACGGCCAUGUCUCCUUCCUGGACUUCACCAAGUUUGGGCUGAAGGUGAAGCCGAUCUACAUAAACGUCAUCAGGGACCCCAUCGAAAGGCUGGUUUCCUAUUAUUACUUUUUGCGUUUCGGAGAUGACUACCGACCCGGCUUGAGGCGCAGGAAACAAGGAGACAAAAAGACAUUUGAUGAAUGCGUAUCGGCCGGCGGCUCCGACUGCGCCCCUGAGAAGCUUUGGCUCCAGAUUCCCUUUUUCUGCGGGCACUACUCCGAAUGCUGGAACGUGGGUAGCCAGUGGGCUCUGGAGCAGGCGAAAUACAACCUGGUGAAUGAGUACAUGUUGGUCGGAGUGACGGAAGAGCUGGAGGACUUUGUCAUGAUGCUGGAGUCGGCUCUGCCACGCUUCUUUAAAGGAGCCACCGAACUGUACAAAACAGGGAAGAAAUCCCACUUGAGGAAGACCAGCGAGAAGAAGCCGCCCACCAGGGAGUCCACGGCCAAACUGCAGCAGUCGGCCAUCUGGAAGAUGGAGAACGAGUUCUAUGAGUUUGCCCUGGAGCAGUUCCAGUUUGUCAGGGCCCACGCGGUGCGGGAAAAGGAUGGCGAACUCUACAUGUUGCCGCAAAACUUCUUCUAUGAGAAGAUCUACCCCAAAAACUAACCAGGGUGGGGAUGUAUACACAGAGAGGUUUGGAGGAGGACGCAAGGAUGAGAUGUCCAAGUGUCCUCUGGUGGAAACUACUUGAGUGAGCUCGUGCUGUGGACAUAGGACAGCGCAUGCCACCGGAUUGCUCACACAUGGGGAUGGCCAAGCUCGUGUUUGGUCCCCGUCCCUGCAGGUCAGCGGCUUCCUUUCACUUCCAUGUCAGCGAUCUAUAGAAGGCCCGGAGAGCUAUGACGGGAGACCAGGAGUCGCUCAGUCCCAAAUGGCCGAGACAAAACAUCUACAUCCGCUAUGUGCUGUUUGGUUGUGUUUAGCCAUUUGAGCUACAGAGUUCCCCCUUAAUAUUGCGGUCCAUCAUUCGCAACGCUGUUAUAAUUCCAUCAUUUUUUUUUUUUUUUUUUAAUAUAGAAGCAUUGGUGAAACCCCGCUCUUUGCUGUGGGUUUAGGAACUGAGCCCUUUAAUCCAGCUUGUCUAGAUACUACAAGUUGGCAGCAAAGCACUAUGUUUGUCUAAAUCAAACUCCUUCUGUCACUAUAACAUAGUUCAUUGGUGCCAAGAUGCCACAAGAUGGCAGCAAAGCAAUACUUUUAUUGCUUUGGCCUAUCUUGUGGCAUCGGGCGGGAUAAAACAAAACAAGUGAAUAAUUUUCCCCGCGAAUGACUGAAUAGGUUCCACAGAAAAACAAAACACACACUUCGUGAAUAGCAAAACACGAAUAGGUAGGGCUUUACAGUAUUGUCUUUUGGAUGUGAACAUGGAAAAUUACCGAGCUAUAGUAUUUGGACUUCUUCUGAAAUCUUAAAAGAAAGAAAUCAGUGUGUAUGUUUUAUACCGUGUGUUUUCGUUGGCUCUGGUAAGUGUGCAGCUUUAUAGCCUGGCCAUUUCUUUACAUGCGCUUUUAUUACAGUGUGUAUGAAGGAACACAAUGAAGAUGCUGCUUGCUGUAAAUAUACAUUUCAGUACAUGAAGGUGAGAUUGGUUCCUGCUGGAAAUUAGCUUGAUUUAUAUACAUAUAUUUAAUUACAGCGAGUCUGUGUGUUUGUAACUACUCGGUAAAUUGUCCUGCUGUAUAUAACUGAUUUCGUUUGUUAUGCUGAAAAUCCCAAUGGCCUGAGGACUAACUGCCACCUUUUGGAAAAUAACAAUGUGACAUCUGAAGAAGAAUUCUCGACACUUUUUUUUGCAGUUGCAAUCACAACCCAUUGCAUCAUUUGAAUGGUCAUUUUGGUGUGCCUUCCUUGUGCCCAGAACAGUGCUGCAGCUGUGUCUGAUACAAAAUAAAACAACAUGGCUGUGUUA